AUAACUGCAUCAUGGGAAAACAAAGCAACAUUUUGGAGAAACUGGCAGGGACCUUUCGGAUCCGACAUGUGCUGCUCCGCCAGGCCCUGGCAGAAUGCCUGGGAACCCUUAUUCUGGUGAUGUUUGGUUGUGGUGCAGUGGCACAGCUGGUGCUAAGCAGAGGAUCCCAUGGCACAUUCCUCACUGUUAACUUUGCCUUUGGAUUUGCUGCAACAUUGGGCAUCCUUGUGAGUGGACAGGUCUCAGGUGGUCAUCUGAACCCAGUGGUGACCUUCUCGCUGUGUUUACUUGGAAGAGAGCCUUGGAGGAAGUUCCCGUUGUUCUUUUUCUUCCAGACUCUUGGGGCCUUUAUGGGCGCAGGGAUCAUAUUUGGCAUGUAUUCCGAUGCAUUAUGGGACUUUGGCCAUGGGGAGCUGAUUGUGGUGGGGAAGAAUGCCACAGCUGGAAUUUUUGCCACAUAUCCAUCCAAACAUCUCACCCUGGUUAAUGGAUUCUUUGAUCAGAUUAUUGGCACAGCUGCACUGAUCGUGUGCAUCCUCGCUAUAGUUGAUCCACACAACAAUCCAAUCCCUCAAGGCCUGGAGGCCUUCACUGUAGGCUUUGUGGUGUUGGUCAUCGGCCUGUCAAUGGGAUUCAACUCUGGGUAUGCAGUCAACCCAGCCAGGGACCUGGGACCACGCAUCUUCACAGCGCUUGCAGGCUGGGGUGGAGAGGUUUUCACUGCGAACACCUACUGGUUCAUUGUGCCUGUCUGUGCCCCCUUCUUGGGAGCAGUGGUGGGUGUGCUGAUGUACCAGCUAAUGAUUGGACACCAUUUAGAAGGAGAAGUGCAAGAGAAGCAGGAGGAGAAGGAGGAGGAGGAAAGAUUGAAACUUUCCAAUAUUACAACCAAUGAAGAGGCAUGA